GAAGGAGGUUUAUGCUCCACAUUGGAGAAGAGAUGAAGACGAGUUCAUUAACAUCAAUUGGUUUGUCCACACCAUUCCAGAAGUAAGAAGACAGAGAAGAUCUCAUCAUGUUUUACUUUCUGCUGACUCUCAGAACUUGAUUAAUCAGGAACUCACCAGAGUUCUCAACGCCAAGUUAAGAGAAUACGAAUACACUGAAUUGUUAUGGCUAUCUAUGCUUCAUUCUGGAGGAUCUUAA